GGUCACUUUCUGUUGAUUUUGAGUCACUUCCUGUUGAUUUUGGGCAAUCCUUGGGUCACUUCCUGUUGAUUUUGGAUCACUUCCUGUCGAUUUUGGGCAAUCCUGGGGUCACAUCCUGUUAGAUUUUGGAUUAUUUCCUGUUGGCUUUGGUCAAUCCUGGGUAACCUCCUGUUGAUUUUGAGUAUUGUUUUGAAUGAAUUUGAACCACAAUGCGUUGACUUUGAUGGGAACGUUGCCCCUACCAACAUGGCCGCCCUGAGGUCAUUUUGGUAGGGGCAAAUGAAGGUCUUUUAAUGCUUCUGCCAUGAAUUGAAAUCAAUUCAUUACUAGUUGACGUCCAAUCCAUUUAAAGCGGGAGACUGCCAGUGAACGAACGUAGCUAGCCAGUCCUCCCUCUUCAAACGAAUUGGACAUCGAGCACCAUCAACCAAUGAGUCAAAUGGAAAGAUAGGACUAAACAAAUGUGUCACGUUGCAAAUCUCAAAAGUAUUUGUUGUCUACUCCCUAAAUUGUUUCUAAUGAGGUGUUAGAUGAGUCGUCCCGCACGUUUAAUCGCUAAGCUGAUAAAAAGGGAGUCUCGGCAGCGAGCGGCACGUGCACUUCUAGAAAGCCUUUUCACAGUCGGAGCUCUGCAAUUUCACAGACAACAUCCAUCCCACGAGGGAUGUCUGCCAGCACCGAGCGGCGCUCCGAGAAGCCUCGCCCGGACCGGAGACGUUUACCCGGGAGGCGCAAGAAGCUCCAAGUGGUCGUUUGUGUUCUGUUGGUGGAGCUGUGCGAAAGGUUCACUUUUUUCGGCAUCGUCUGCAACAUGAUUCUCUUCUGCACCGUCAAGCUGGGCUACGACAAUUACCUAGCCGCCACGGUCAAUUUGUGCUUCAUCGGAGCUAGCACGUUAACCCCCGUUCUGGUCGGGUGGUUUGCGGAAACCUGCCUCGGAAGGACUAAAGUGCUCUACUUGUGCGCCCUGCUUCAUUUUUUCGGUACGGCCAUGUUACCGGUUGUCGCCUUCCCUUUCGAAGACUUCUACAUCGACACUCACCACAUGAGUCACAAGUUAGAACCUCAAGAGCAACAGGUUCUGUUCUACACGGGCCUUCUGGCCGUCGCGCUGGGCAUCGGCGGCAUCCGGGCCAUCCUCUGUCCUUUGGGAGCGUACAGCCUGCAGAGCUACAAUCAGUACCAGCUAUUGGGCUUCUUCAACUGGUUCUAUUGGUUGGUGAACCUGAAUUCCACUGUGGUGUUUCUGGGUAUCGCUUAUAUCCAGCAAUCCGUGGCCAAAAAUCUGGCUUUCCUAAUCCCAUUCACGUCAGCGUUGUUAGCGCUCAUCGCAAUACAUAUGAUGCGCAACAAACUCACCUACAAACCCAAGAAAGGCGGUUCGCUCCUGACCACGCUGGGCGUUUUUUUGAACUCGCUGAAGAUGUGUUGCCUUCACUACCGCCACCUGAGCGGCGACGUGACGUCCUGGCUGGACCGGGCCAAGGAGAACAACGGGGGGCGCUACAGCGAGACUCACGUGGAGAACGUCAAAGUUUUGGCCAAGCUCUUCCCUCUUUACGGACUCCAGCUGAUAUACAGAGCUUGCGUCACUCAGAUCCCUUCCGGUUACUACUUGCAGACGAUGAACUCCAACCUUCACCUGAGCGACGUCCUGCUGCCCAUCGGCACCAUGAACGUGAUCAGCAUCCUGCCUCUGCUAGUGCUGGCGCCGCUAAUAGAGUGCGUCAACAGCUUCUCCUUGUCGGCGUCCCGAACCCCGCUGGCCCCCGCCAGAGUCAUCACUCUGGGACACGCGUGCGCGGCGCUGUCCGUCCUGGCGGCGGCUUUGACGGAACUGCGAAGGAAGGGUUUCCCCCUGGUGGAGCAGACGCUAUCGGGGAAGGUUCUGCAGGUGUCCUCCAUGCCCUGUUUCCAGCUGGCGCCGCAGUACGUCCUCCUCGGGCUGGCGGAGGCUCUGGUCACGCCCGCGUGUUCCCUCAUUUCUUUCCAACUGAGCCCAGGACACAUUCGAGGAAUCUCCCUCCACUUUCUGACGCUGUCCUACGGUGGAGGCUGCUUCCUCGGCGCCAUUUGCAUUCAGCUCGCUUACUUCCUGUCCGGAGGUUCCUUUUAUCCGAGCGUCCUCCAUGAUGGAAACCUGGAGAGAUUCUAUUUCCUAAUGGCGACGCUGAUGACCAUAAACACCUUGGCGUAUUGGAGUAUAUCUCACAGGUACUUGGAUUUGAGCGUGCGUGGGAAAGCGCUAGCAGCAAGUCCGCUAACGGAAAAGCUUCUUCAGUAUAAAGCGUGCCUGCGCUACUACGACACGAUGGACAACUCCUGCGAUUCCAUCAUUUGACAGAACUCAAAAGGCACCGGGACACUUGGUGGCGCUGGCGCUGCUUGCUGCUGUGGCAAUUUGUCUUAAAGAUAGUUUUGUAUGUUCAAAUACUCCACAUGCUUGUUUUCCCUUUUCCACCUUAGAAAUCAAGUCACUGUAAAAUCAUGAAAAAAAAAAAAAAACAUAAAAAGGUGUCUCUAAAACUGAAUAGGAUUAUUUUCCCAACUCCACAUUGUUUUGUUUCCCCUUCAUCAAUCCUCGUUUCCCUUUUACAUCUAAGAAAUCUGGUAGUUGGUUCUUCUGCUGAAAAACACACGUCUCUAGCACUGAUUAUGAUAAAAAGAGAACUGAUAGUUUUUCAAAUUCCACAUUCUUUUUUCCCCUCAUCCACCCGCUUGUUUUCCUUUUUCCACCUUAGAAAUCAAGUCGUUGUCAAAUUAUGAAGAAAAAAACAUGUCACAUUGUUUUUUUUCCUUCAUCAAUCAUCGUUUCCCUUUUACAUCUAAGCAAUCUUGUAGUUGGUUCCUCUGCUGAAAAAACGUAAGCUGUAAAAGCACCAAUCAUGCACUGAUUAUGAUGUUUUCUUGUAAUUCCAUAUUCUUUUUUCCCUCAUCCACCCACUUAUUUUCCUUUUUCUGCCGAAGAAAUCAAGUCAUUGUAAAAGUAUGGAAAAAAACAUGUCUUGAGAACUGAUGGAACAUUUUUUUCUGAACUCAGCAUUGUUUUUUCCUUCAUCAACAAUCGCUUUCCCAUUUACACCUAAGAAAUCUGGCAGUCGGAAAAGAUGUAAAAGCACAUCUCUACUAACACUGUCUAUAAUGUUUUCUUCUAAUUCCACAUUCUUUUUUUCCCUCACCCACCCACUUGUUUUCCUUUUUCCGCCUAAGAAAUCAAGUCGUUGUCAAAUUAUAAAAAAAUAAAUAAAACAUGUCACAUUGUUUUUUUACUUCAUCAACCCUUGUUUCCCUUUUACAUCUAAGCAAUCUGGUAGUCGGUUCUCCUGCUGAAAAAAAUGUAAGCUGUAAAACAUCUCUAGCACUGAUUUUGAUGUUUUCUUCUAAUUCCACCACAUUACGCUUCCCUUAUCCACCCGCUUGUUUUCCCUUUUACACCUAAGAAAU